CAGGGAAAUAUGGAAGAAAGACGUAAAGUGAUACUUAAAACACGUCUAGAUAAAAUUGUUUGUGCUGUGAUACACUCUCUUAUGGUUGGAGUAUUUUUGUUUGAAUUGCUUGUUAUAUUGCCUAAGAUUUAUGAAGAUGAUUACAACGUUAGGAAAGUCCCGCACAUUAUUGCUGGUUUAUUCAUAUUGUUCAAUGCUGUCGCUUCAUUGUGGAAGUUCAUCCUAACAGACCCUGGAACAGGCUCUGUAAUAUUACCAAGUAUGCUGAAACCUGGUUGGAGGUUUUGUUGGAAGUGUGAAGCAAAUUACCCACCAAGGUCCUUUCAUUGCUUUAUAUGCGAGCAGUGUGUGCUUGUACGAGAUCAUCAUUGUGUUAUUGGCUCCAACUGUGUAGGCUAUCGUACAAGAAGAUAUUUUUUACUAAUGGCAUUCUAUAUGUGGUUCGCAUUGCUCUAUGCCAAUCUACUUAACAUGGAUUUUGUAUGGGAACUGUUCCAUUCAUUUGGAUCCAGGACAUUAUUAACGAUGUUUAUGCCGCUGCUGGCAUGGAUAUUUGGAAUUGCUGAAGGCGAGACUCUAGCAACAGCAUUUUUUACUUCAUUCUGUAUUAUAACCUUCUUAUAUGGUACAGCAAUUCUAGUUUUUCACAUGAGAAAUACUGUUAAAGGCAGAACAACACAUGAAGAAGCAAAAGGCGUUGGUUCAAAAUACAAUCUGGGUCUUGAAGAGAAUCUGAAAUCUACAUUUGGUGUAAACUGGAAGUUUGCAUGGAUUUGUCCUCUGAUUCCAAGCCCUAUGCCUGGAGACGGGUUUUGUUUUGUGGAGAAAGAACUUCUUGAACAAAGUGGGAAGAGCUUAUGAUCAUUAAAAUCUUCAUUGUUUUAAUCUUUAAAUUUUACACCUAUAUUUUUUGUUGCAAAUUAAUUCCGAGUCGUUCUUUCUGAGGCACUCCUUGCUCAGGAAAAACUCUCAAAGAAAUAUCACACUUUCCGAGUAAUAACUUUUAUAUCAAAUUCAAAGCUUUGUACCUACCAGCAAAAGCUUUUUUAUGCAGAAUAAUUAUUGCUUAGUGCGAUAUGUGUACUGUUUUGACUAUAUUCAGUUAAAAAUUGUGAAAUACGCGUUAUUAGUAUGCGAACAACAAAGCACAUACAGAUACGAAAACUAAAACAGAUUACACAAUAUGCAGCAUGUACGUCAAACUUCGAACGAAAACUAAAACACAUCACACUAUAUAUUAGCGUGUACGUCAAACUUCGAACAGUAUACAGAACCGCGGCUUUGACAAAUUGUAAUAAACAGUGACCAACAUACUAC